CAGAUAACAUCUUCAAACUUCAAAAUUUGAUUGAUUUCGUGACAACAAAAUUUCCGUCGCAAAAGAGGGAGCCACACUCUUUAGUCUUUAGCAGCAAUCACCAACGCAAAACGUGAAGAACUCAGAGAACUGUGAGAGCUGAAAUUGAAACACUGAAGAAUGAACAUGCAUCCUAACUUCCAAAACUAACUCCCAACAAACUCUCUUAUAACUAUGCCUUCAAUUUGCAACUGAAUUUCUAAGCUCAGUACUCAAGAAUCUUCUGAAACGCUUCAACCAAAAUGCUUUCUCUCUCUACCUUCCCUUCUGUUUCUUACUCCUCUCCCCCUCUUCGGCCGCGUGGUGCCGUUUCUUCCCGCCGAUGCUCCGUCAGAUGCGCCGCCGCGGCCGACGGGGACUCGUUCACGGCGAAGUCAGGGUACCUGUUCGAGCUGAGCGCCACGGAAGCUGACUCGCUGGCGGAUUACAGCAUCUCGAAGAUCGCCGCCAUUUACUACCGGAAGCCUCUGGUGGUGGCUCGGCGUCUGGUUCAGACCGGAAUCUCUUUCGGAAAGUGGUUCGCUCUUCGCUACGUUGACACUCUCAUGGACCGUUCCGAUGAUAUGUUUCAGGUUAGAGCUUCAGAGCUUAGGAAGAUAUUGGUAGAACUUGGACCGGCAUAUAUCAAAAUUGCCCAGGCUAUAUCAUCUCGAGCUGAUUUGAUACCACCAUCUUAUCUGGAUGAACUCUCACUCCUGCAAGAUCGAAUAAGUCCAUUUUCUACUGAAGUUGCUUUCAAUAUGAUAGAACAAGAACUGGGAUCAUCUUUGGUUGAACUUUUCUCAGAGAUUUCACCUGAGCCUGUAGCUGCUGCAUCCCUUGGGCAGGUGUAUCAAGCUAGGCUUCGCAAAACAGGACAGGUUGUCGCUGUCAAAGUGCAAAGACCCGGAGUUCAAGCAGCAAUUUCCCUUGAUAUAUUAAUCUUGCGUUUUAUGGCAGGAGUGAUUAAGAGAGCUGGCAAGUUUAAUACUGAUCUUCAGGGAGUUGUUGAUGAGUGGGCCUCAAGUCUUUUCCGGGAGAUGGACUACAAUAAUGAAGCAAGCAAUGGAAUCAAGUUCAGGCAAUUAUAUGGCUCUAUACCUGAUGUGGUGAUUCCUUUGAUGUAUAAGGACUAUACAACGCGCAAAGUUCUCGUGAUGGAAUGGGUUGAGGGGAACAAGUUGUCAGAAGUGAAGGAUCUCUACCUUAUUGAGGUAGGAGUAUACUGCUCAUUCAAUCAACUUCUUGAGUGUGGAUUCUAUCAUGCAGAUCCACACCCUGGAAAUCUUCUUCGAACGUAUGAUGGAAAAUUAGCAUAUUUAGAUUUUGGUAUGACAGGUGAGUUUAAACAAGAAUUGCGUGAUGGAUUCAUCCAAGCUUGUCUCCAUCUUGUGAAUCGCGAUUUUGAUGCAUUGUCCAAGGACUUCGUCACUCUUGGGCUUCUUCCACCGACUGCAGACAAAGAAGCUGUUACAAAGGCUUUGACAGGUGUCUUCCAAAAUGCUGUUGCCCAAGGAGUUCGCAAUAUCAGCUUUGGAGACCUUUUAGGAAACUUAGGAACCACCAUGUAUAAAUUCAAAUUUAGAAUACCUUCAUACUUCUCUCUUGUCAUUCGAAGCCUUGCUGUGCUGGAAGGAAUUGCAAUUGGAUUUAACCCGGAUUACAAAGUUUUGGGUAGUACUUACCCUUGGAUCGCUCGAAAAGUACUUACUGACAGCUCUCCCCAGCUUAAGGCUUCUUUGGAGACUCUUCUGUAUAAGGAUGGUGUUUUCAGAGUAGACCGUUUAGAGUCUUUGUUGACAGAGUCUCUUCGUGCCAAAACAGAAAAGUCCUUAGUUAAACAACAACCUGAAGGCACUGAUUCCAGAAUGGCAAUGAAGGAAAUACUUUCUUUUACUUUAACAGAAAAGGGUGAAUAUGUGAGAGAAAUAAUUGUUCAAGAGUUUGCUAAAGGUUUUGAUGCACUUGGACUAGCAACCUUGGAAACAGCUGCUUCAAGGGUUCCUUUCAGCGGAUUCCUUUUUUCCUCUUUAAUGACCGAAGAAGAUGUGAACAACCUCAGAACCUUCCAACGCCUUCUACUCUUGUUGUCAGGGACCAGAAGAAAAGAAGAUAACAAAGGAAUCAUACAGGUUAGCCAAUACCAGAAACAGACACUUCACAUGGAGAACCUAUCAUUAGUUCCAACUCAACUUGAAUCUGUUCAAGAGAUUCUUCCUGUUCUAUCUAUCAUUUUUGAGCUACCACCAGAAUCCCAGCAGCAGUUACUUCAGUUGCCAGCUAAUAUGGUGAGACAGUUAAUAUCUCGCGCCGCUGCAAGAACAAUAAGGAGGAUUUUCUUGUGAACUCCUGGCGGUAAACACGUGUCAGACACAGAGCACAUGAAUUCUGUUUGCUCUAAUCAACUCACUAUCACCAGAUAACAUUGAAACAUAAGUAGGAUCCAUAUGACAGGGCAUUGAAUUUGUACAUAAGCAUAAGAAUAAGCAGCAUAGCUGAUGCACAUUGCUGAUUCAGCAAGAGAUUUUGAGCCUUACAAUUCAUGUUCAGAAGAACUUGUUUUGGAUACUAUCUGAAAAAAUGGAAGUAUUCAUAGUUUCAUACUAAAAUAUAUUCCAUGGUAUCAACUCUGGCCAUGUUCGUUUUC